AUGUCAUCGAGGUUUCAGCCCUCUGAUCCUCACAGUGGAAACACUGAGCUAUCGUCGCAUCACAUGAAGCUGAGAGCAGCAGUAGCAACAACAACAGAGACCCAUGACACCUGCUCACCGCUGAGAUUCAACAGUCUGACCCUGGAUGAGUUGAGUGAGGAGCUUAAUAGGCGCACCAAGGAAACCCAGAGGCUUCAGGAGGAGGUGGAAAAUGCCACCAAAGUGGCCUUGGAAAGAUUUGGCUGCACAUAUGACAUCAGCAGCACACCUGAGCACAGCGGCUAUGAGUACGAGCUUAAUGUUGAUGGCUCACUUGAUGAUUCAACCAUUUUCUCAGCCCACCAGCAGACAGGGACUCAGCCUCUUAUCUGUAGUCCAGAGCGUUUAAACCAGGAGGUCAGCACUCGUGGAAAGGAGGUGUUGGAGAAUGUGUUAGAUGACUGCCUCCAGCAGAUGUCUAAUUUGCAGCUCAACGAGAUGUGUGACCAACCUGAACAAGAGACAUUCGGUUUUGACAAGGCCAUCAUGGACCUGCAGAUCAAGCUGCAGAAAGUCCAGAUAGAGAAAAACGUCCUGUCUGACCUCAGAAUGAAGGAUUCGAGGAAACACGUUGAUCAGAUGGAAAAGAUGCUGCGCAUGUUGGAGGAGAUCCAAAACAUCAAAAGUUCUGAGGACCAGAAGCUGCAGAAAACGGAGAAUGAGACGUUGGCACUUAACAGGAAAGUAGAGACACUGGAAUGGAAUAUAAAGGAUUUGUACCAUACGUUGUUAUCUCAUGAGAAACAGUGUGCACACAAAUCCAUCACCAGUCCUAAAGUCACCAAUAUUCCAAGACAGCCACCGUUAGCUGUUAAUGUAACUGAGGAUCAUUAUGAAGAAAAAGAGGAGCUACAGGAGAAACAUGUUUUAUCAGUGGAACAUCUGGGGAAUGAACAGUGCAAUGGAGUAAAUACGCAAAAAGAAAGAAUGGAGCAGCUGAUAGCGAGUCUUGGCCAGGAGGUGGCGAUGUUGACCGACAAACUGAGUUCAUCAAAAGACAGCGGCGUCAACUUAAGUGUCAAACUGGAGCUGCUAAAGAGACUUGCAAAGGGACAGGCAUCAUUGCACCAGCGUAAGGUCAGUGAGAUGGAGUCAACCGUCACCAGCCAUAAAGAUAAGGUUUGUCGUCUGGAGCAGCAGCUCAUUCAGGCUCAGUCACAGCUGGUGAACGUCCAGAGAGAGAAAGAACGAUCACUACAACAGACAGAGGAGCUUCGGUCUCAGCUCGGACAACUUAAGAGAUGCAGUGAGCAGCAGCAGUGUGACCUCCGGGAGGAGGUGAAGGUCCUGAGAGGAGAGCUGGAGGUGGCGAGGGAGCAGCUUCACAGAGCUGGGGAGGAGAAAAGAAAUCUACUGGCCCUGCUGGAUCAGAGGGCCCAGGAGGGGAGGAAAUACCAGGAGGAGGAACUCCAGCGCAGGCAGCAAGAAGCCGAACAGCACCUUGCCAGACUGGAAGACGCUCAGAGCCAGUGCCAGAUCCUUCACGCAGAGAGAGAGACACUGAGGCUGACACUGAGUGAAAGAGAGAAAAUGGUAGAAAUUCUCAGGUUGCAGAUGGAGAACAGUAGCCAGAUGACGGCGCAACACAGCCACACCAUCGACAGCCUUCACCAGGAGAACAGCCACCUCAGCAACCAGCUGAACCAGCACAAGUUGGAGAUUCAGGAGCUCAGGGCCGAGUUAGAUUACCACAAGUCAGACCUGGCAGCUGCGGAGCACGAGAGGUGCCAGCUACAGGCGUCUGUGAUGGAGCAGACUCGACAAGUUCGGGAGGAGACACUUGAGAAACAGCACCUCACCACCCGGCUAGAGGUGCACCGUGUGCAGUUACUCACCCUCAAUAAGGAGCACAAGGAGCUGCAACGGCUUCACAGCUGCAAGAGCGAGGAGCACGAGGGUGUGGUGCUGAAGCUUCAGAGUCAGCUGAAGAACGCCCAGGCAGAGCUGGACCAGGUCAGGAGCACCCUAAGGACCCUGGAAGGAGCUGAUGGACACGGCCUUCAGGUGGCCAUGGGCAUGCAGAAAGAGAUCACUGCCAGGAGAGAACAGGUUGACUCUCUGCAUAGUAGGAUCCAACAUCUGGAGGAAACUGUGGAGAAGCUGCAUCAGGAGAAGCACUACCAGAGCCUGGAGAACCAGCGUCAGCUCCAGGAGCUCACCUUUGUCAGGGAGGAGAAAAGACAGCUUGCUAAUGAGCUGGAGGCCCUUCAGUCCAAAGAUAAACAGUUAAGGGACAGGAUCAGCAAGCUGGAGGGAAUCCUUCACAAGAUGUCAGAGAGCUUCACAGACUGUCAGGAUUUUAUCCAGCUGCAGGAGCAGGAGUUCUUUCGUCUGAAACUCAAACAUGCCCUGGAUUUGAAGGAACUCCAAGGUCAAAAUUUGCGCACUGCUCCGAAUGUAACUCCACCUGUCCUGGACUCUCCGAACCCGACCGCACUCCCUGCUCCACCCUUCUCCCAGCACGUCUCCAACACCCACAUGAAGUCAAAGCAGCAGCAGGAGAGCCACACCUGGGAGCUCAGGUCUCUCGUGAAAGAGCUGCGUGGAGUGAUUUCGGAGAACCGCAGACCACACACCGAUAACGGCGCCACCGGCAACAGUUUCCACAGGAGGCGGUCCGCACCGGAGAGAACCGCAUUCAGUGCUGACGAGUAUGAAGAUGUAAAAACUGGCUCCAGACUGAGAAGAAAGACUUGUGGCAGUGAGCCACAUUUCCUGAAGACAGCUGAGCUGAAAACAAUAAGCAACAACUCCUUCAGUGAGGGUCAUCUAAUAUCAGGUCCACAGUACACUUCCUCCCCAAAGCUACACUCACCAGGCCGCAGGUCGCCCGUGCACGCUCUCCUGACCUUUGACCCUAACAGCUAACAGUGACACAACACACUACAACAGUCCUGAGGCUGGCUCCUCUCAGCAAAAGCUCACCGGGUGAAGUUGAACGCCAAAGGAAGGUUUCAUAAAACUACUGAUCAAGUGUCUUUUUGUGAUUGUUUAA